GUGGGGAGCGCGUCUAUAAGAGGCGGCGCGUUCCCACUCACCCCUCACAUGACAGAGACAGAGACAGAGACAGAGACAGAGACAGAGACAGAGACAGAGACAGAGACAGAGACAGAGACAGAGACAGAGACAGAGACAGAGACAGAGACAGAGACAGAGACAGAGACAGAGACACGUUCUCCAAUGGGCCCUAUAGCCUAGCGUCCGCCUCCAUCACUCACAGCAGCGGCUCCUCGACCCAGGUCACCAUCUGGAAACGGGAUUGAAAGGUCCAAAUGGCCUCCAUUCCAUCGACUGGAUCACUUGCAGCAACCCAUGACUAUUACAGGAGGCGAAUUGGAUCAACCUCCAGUAAUAGUUCAUGCGGUAGCUCUGAGCACAUUGGGGAAAUUAUUCCACACACCCCAGGGUUACCAAAGUCUGCGUCGGGCCAAUGGUGGCUCAGCUUUUUCUUUGGAAAAACCCAGAACCUUCCAGUAAUGACCACUGUAACCGAGUCAUCCGAGAGUGGGAAGAUUAACUGCAUCCUCCCUCAAGACAUGGUGAGGAAAAGACACGUCAGUGAGCCCAGCAAACCAUCAUCUUAAGGACUUGAGCUGCUGAAGAAGACGCAAGGAAUUUUUGCUGUUCCUAACUAAUUUUAAAAGGCUGCUUUAAAUUUGUACUCCUAACCUCGUCCCCAGAUAAUCAGUGAUUUUUAUGGAUUGUUCCUAUCUGACUUUCAACAUCUUGUAAUAAACUUUAGCAGCCAAUC